CAGCAGCCUGAAACUUUAUGGAGUUCUCGCAGUGUUUUCCCCGCGGUGGGUAGAUCGGCAGCACCCCGCUCGCUCCUUCCUGCUUUCUCCCUCUCACUCAUCAGCAGUCAGCAGCGAUGGAAAAAGUUGCUGGCUGGUACCCAGCCUGGCACGUUGCUCUCCUGUACUGGACAUGGCUUUUCCUCUUCACUUUUGGCUUUACCGGCGCAGAAAUAACUUGCAGAUCCUGCCAUUCCCAGGUGAAGCCGCAGCAGCAGCAUCCGCAGCAGGGAUUACCGAUGCAUUUGAAGACCGACAGGGGAGAAGAAGAACAGUGGAGGAUCCCGGGGGAGCAGGGAGGUGAGAGAGGGCAAGGGGCCGGGAUGGAUACGGAAGAUGCCGAGCUUCAAGCACCCUUCGACCCUGCUGUGGAGGGGACCAAAUUCAGCGGCUGGGAGACCCGCAGCUGGGCGAGCGACCCGGAGAAAGAGCUCGGGGACGGCCGGCCCGAAGCAGCGGCAGCUCCUACCGGGGAGUACCUUCAGCGGGGUCACUGGGGUGGCCGGCGGAACUCGACCCGGCGGCGGCGGGGCCGCAGCCCUCGGGGCACGGCGGGGCCGGGCGGUGCCGCGGGGCGGGAGCCGGGGGGCUCCGGCGCCGCCCGCUUCGGGCUGGAGGAGCUGCGGCUGGGCAGCACCACCUUCGCCCUCACCGGCGACUCGGCGCACAACCAAGCCAUGGUUCACUGGUCGGGCCAAAACAGCAGCGUGAUUCUAAUUCUGACAAAGCUAUAUGACUACAACCUGGGAAGCAUCACAGAGAGCUCUCUUUGGAGGUCAACAGAUUAUGGGACAACAUAUGAGAAAUUGAAUGAUAAAGUUGGCCUGAAGACGAUUUUGAGCUACUUAUAUGUCUGUCCAACAAACAAACGAAAGAUUAUGCUGUUGACUGAUCCAGAGGUUGAGAGCAGCUUACUGAUUAGUACUGAUGAAGGUGCCACGUAUCAAAAAUACCGUCUGAACUUCUACAUUCACAGUCUGCUCUUCCACCCAAAGCAGGAAGACUGGAUCUUAGCAUAUAGUCAAGAUCAAAAGUUAUUCAGUUCAGUGGAGUUUGGCAGAAGAUGGCUGCUUCUUCAUGAAGGAGUUGCACCAAACAGGUUCUACUGGUCUAUGAUGGUGUCCAGUAGAGAGCCAGAUCUUGUGCACCUGGAGGCAAAGACAGUGGAUGGUCAUGCCCAGUACAUCACCUGUAAGAUGCAGAACUGCAGUGAAGCCUCACAAAACAAACCUUUUCCAGGCUACAUUGACCAUAACUCCCUGAUCGUCCAGGAUGACUAUGUCUUCGUUCAGGUGACAUCAGGUGGAAGACCGCAUUAUUAUGUUUCUUAUAGGAGGAAUGCAUUUACACCGAUAAAGCUGCCAAAGUACUCCUUGCCCAAGGACAUGCAUGUUAUCAGCACAGAUGAGAGUCAGGUGUUUGCAGCUGUUCAAGAGUGGAACCAGAACGACACAUACAAUCUGUAUAUCUCUGACACCCGAGGGGUGUAUUUCACCCUGGCAUUGGAAAACGUCAAGAGUAGUCAAGGGUUGGAUGGGAAUGUGAUGAUUGACCUCUAUGAGGUAGCAGGGAUAAAGGGAAUGUUCUUGGCUAACAAGAAGAUUGACAACCAAGUGAAAACUUUCAUCACCUACAAUAAAGGGAGAGACUGGAAUUUGUUGCAGGCUCCAGACACUGAUCUGAAAGGAAACCCUGUUCACUGUCUCCUGCCCUAUUGCUCCCUUCAUCUUCACCUGAAGGUCUCAGAGAAUCCCUAUACCUCAGGAAACAUUGCCAGCAGAGACACUGCCCCCAGCAUUAUUGUUGCUUCAGGUAAUAUAGGCCCUGAACUAUCAGACAAUGAUAUCAGUAUGUUUGUUUCUUCUGAUGCUGGAAACACAUGGAGACAGAUCUUUGAGGAAGAGUACAGUGUUCUGUACCUGGAUCAAGGAGGAGUACUGGUUGCCAUAAAACACACAUCUCUGCCUAUCAGACAUCUCUGGUUAAGUUUUGAUGAAGGGAAAUCCUGGAGCAAGUACAGUUUCACAUCACUCCCACUGUUUGUAGAUGGAAUUUUAGGGGAACCUGGAGAGGAAACUCUUAUCAUGACAGUGUUUGGACAUUUCAGUCACCGCUCAGAGUGGCAGCUGGUGAAAAUUGAUUACAAGUCCAUUUUUGAUCGGAGAUGUACAGAAGAGGACUACUGGACUUGGCAACUCCACAGCCAGGGAGAAGCUUGCAUCAUGGGAGCAAAAAGGAUCUACAGGAAGCGCAAGUCAGAGAAGAAAUGCAUGCAAGGAAAAUAUGCUGGGGUUAUGACUUCAGAGCCAUGUGUAUGCACAGAUGCAGACUUUGACUGUGAUUAUGGAUAUGAACGUCACAGCAACGGGCAGUGUUUACCAGCAUUUUGGUAUAAUCCAUCUUCCUUGUCAAAAGACUGCAGCCUUGGCCAGAGUUAUCUCAACAGCACUGGGUACCGAAAAGUUGUUUCUAAUAACUGCACGGAUGGUGUGAGAGAGCAGUACACAGCAAAACCACAGCAAUGUCCUGGCAAAGCUCCCCAGGGACUUCGCAUAAUAACCUCUGAUGGCAAACUGACAGCUGAGCAAGGACACAAUGUCACUUUUCUGGUGCAACUGGAAGAGGGAGAUCUCCAAAGAUCCCUCAUUCAGGUGGAUUUUGGUGACGGCACCGCUGUUUCAUAUGCCAAUCUCAGCUCAACAGAAGAUGGGAUCAAACACACCUACCAGAACGUGGGCAUAUUCCGAGUGACCGUGCUGGUGGAAAAUAGCCUGGGAUCUGACAAUGCUGUCCUCUACCUGCACGUAACAUGUCCCUUGGAACAUGUUCAUUUAUCUCUUCCAUUUGUCACUACGAAGAACAAGGAGGUCAAUGCCACGGCAGUACUGUGGCCAAGUCAAGUGGGAACACUUACUUAUGUCUGGUGGUUUGGGAACAACACAGAGCCACUGAUCACUUUGGAAGGGAGCAUCACAUUUACAUUUUCUGUAGAAGGGAUGAAUACCAUCACUGUUCAGGUCUCAGCAGGAAACACCAUUCUUCAGGACACAAAGACCAUCGCUGUGUAUGAGCAAUUUCGGUCCUUGAGGUUAUCCUUUUCCCCAAACUUGGAUGACUACAAUCCAGAUAUCCCAGAGUGGAGAAGGGACAUCAGCCGCGUAGUCAAGAGAGCUCUGGUGGAGGCAACAGGUAUUUCAAGCAAGCAUAUUCUGGUCGCAGUGCUCCCUGGCCUGCCCACAUCUGCUGAACUCUUCAUUUUGCCAUAUCAAGAUGCCACAGGGGAAAAUAAAAGAACAGCAGAAGACCUAGAGCAGAUUUCAGAAAUACUGAUCCAGAAACUGAACCAAAACUUCGUCCAUUUUGAGUUGAAGCCAGGGGUUCGAGUCCUUGUCCAUGCUGCCCAUUUAACAGCAGCUCCCCUGGUGGACCUCACUCCCAGUCACAGUGGUUCAGCAAUGUUGAUGCUCCUCUCUGUUGUUUUCGUGGGACUAGCUGUGUUUGUAAUCUACAAAUUCAAAAGGAAGAUUCCUGGCCUUAAUAUAUAUGCACAGAUGCAGAAUGAAAAAGAUCAAGAGAUGGUCAGUCCAGUCAGUCAGAGGGAAAGCAUACCUAAUGUCCCUCAAAGUGAGCUGAUGAGCCCUGAACAACUAGUAGAUGAGAAGUUGGAUGUCCAGCCCAUAGAGCAACCUCAGGCCACAGUCCAGAACCCAAGGAAAGGAAAUGCAGCCAAGGUAGUCUGGACAGAGGACUUCCAAAAGGCUUGUGGAUCACCAAGAGGUUUCAAGCCAAGACCCGGAGCGGAAGUAUUUCCACAGCUGCUGAGCCCCAGAGCACAAAAGAAAUCCCUACCUAUGUAAAUGGUUGAAUUGAGGACACCGAUAUAUAUCUAUAUUGGAGAAAAAAAGAGAACUCAUUGCAUUUGGACUUUUUAAUUCUUCAGAUGACAAAGGGUUUUUAGCUUUAAGCCUGUGCAUGUGGACAUUAUACUGAGACCAUAGCAGAACUGCAUUGUACAGGUGUUCAAUUUUAGUGGGGGGUGGGGGUGGGGGGAGGAACUGAUAUCACUAUUCACCCCUGAAGCCCUUCCCGUCACUCCUCCACUCUCUUUUCUUCUGAUCUGUCUCUAAUUUGUAGAAAAUUCAUAAUGAUAUAGGCCAAGAAUAUGCAUGGGGGUCUCUUCUUUAGGGAGA